CAAGCAGUGAUGAUGCUGUUACUCUGUGUCCUUACUGUGAUUCUCCUCCUACAUCCCGGGAAUGCCCAAAUCAACAACUGCUCUACCGUCUACAACAGAAUGCCCGACAACCGGGACCUUGUGGUAGACUGUGGCACCAAUAACAUCACCCUGGAGGUGAACCUGUGCACGGCGCAGUGGGGAGGCUACAAUGCCAGUGAUCUGGUCCUGAAUGGCGAGCACAACAACAGCCUAUGCAAGGGCACCAUCGACCCCAGUCGCGAUCCGCCCAUCAUCCGCUACAUGCUGCCCGUCAACAGCAGCGAUGGGAACCCCUGCCGACAGGGCCUGCAGGUUGUGGACGAGGUCCCACAAGAUGCAAUCUUCAGCUCUUUCUCCAGCAUCCAGUUUGUCAUCAUCAGUGGCUACAUCGACACACCCAAGUCCUCCUAUGGAAUUAUCAGCUAUGCCACUGACCUGUACUACCAGUUCUCCUGCCGCUACCCACUGGAGUAUUUCCUAAAACCAAACCAAAUUGUGACGUAA